AUGGCCAUCGGUUGCGAACAUCGGUACCCUGGCGAGCUUGAUGACCUCUCUCCCGUUGAGGAGAGACUCAUUGCCCUGCAUGCGCCCUUUGGCUAUAUCACCAAGUUCACGGUCGACAACAAGACCCGUUCCGGAAUCAGCUACCGCAAGCACGUGAAAGGACAUAUCGUCGUCUUUCCGAACAAGGUGGACGAUCUUGUUACCACCGUUCUUCCCCAUCCCUUGCUGCAGACCAUUGAGAAUAUCCACGUCUCUUGGAGCGGUUCGGCUAAGCCUGGCUCCGCAGACGUCAGACACCUGCUUCAGGUGCGCAAAUCUCGAGUGGCGGCCGCCCUGGCAUGGCUGCAAAGGAACAACCCACUUUACGAGAAUAUCGCAAUCGACCAGGCAGAGAUGGAUGGCUGGCGGUAUGCCGACGGCUCCACUGUUCCGACCGUCAUCAUGGACCGCAUGCAGAGAGAGGAACCGUCGACCGUUGAGAGGACUCAAACUGACCACAUAGUCCCGGACACUGAUCGAGGCUUGGAGGAAAACAGUUUCAGAAGCAUCGAUGAACUUGUGAGCUCGAUCGAUGGCACCUUCGUCGACGAGUCUCGCGACUUGGACUGUACUCUAUCGACUGAGCAGACUCGACCUCUCCUGGCCUAUGCAAACUUGACCGAGGACCGACUGAAGAGGGCCGAAGUGGAGAUGCGGGAGACGAGGACUACGUCGGACCCCGACAUAUCGCUCUUGCUUCGCGAGCUGUCGAUCUUUGGCCAUGCACAGCCGCUCUCGAACGAAUCCCGUUUACUUAUGCGGAGGAAGAUACAAGCUCUAGACAUCCGCGCCGGUAUGCCUGCAAUCUGGAUUACCAUCAGUCCCAACGACAUUAAUAACCCGGUAAAGAUGAAGCUUGCCAUUCAUAGGCUCCACGAUUACGAGUCUGCGAAGGAGCUUUUGGCCGAUCUCCGUGAAAAGUACGACAGGAUCGCCCUGAGCACCAUGGAUCCGGUCAGCUCGGCCAUCUUCUUCCACCGAGAAAUAUCCUAUUCUUUGAAAAACGACAUGGCCAAUCCCGCGGAAGAAGCAUAUCGCGCCCAGGUGAUUCGAUAUAUAGACUCCGUCUUUCAUGAGUGUCUAGAUGAAGAUGCCGGAAAAGCCGUGCGACAGGAGAGGAAGCCCAUCGAUCCCGUGGAGGAGGUCAUGACCAGCACCUCGGCUCUCACUGCGGCUUUUGAAGACGAAUCCAAUUUUAUCGCAUACUGUUGCCAGGUGCACUCCCACACAUACACCUGCCUUAAGUAUUCUUUGAAGGGGGUCAUCGACCGGGGGGCAGAUCAACAGAGACGGACAGCCUGCCGCUUCAAGGCACCGUGGAAGAUCGUCGAGCAGACAGGAUUCACAGAGGAUGGCUUGCUUCAGAUUCGGCGCAACCAUCCACUCGUCAACCGGUAUAACAAGUCGUUGGCGGUCGGCCUUCGCCACAACCACGACGUCUCGAUGAUCUUGACCAAGACCAAGGGCCUGGCCAUGGUGUACUACAUCACGAACUACGCCACCAAGCUGGAUACGCCGAUGUGGAAGCGCAUUCUCGCCACCGAGGUUGCCCGCCAACUUCGCGAGGCCGGUCGUCCGACGUCUCGCGCGCCAGGUCCCGCCCUGCCCGACGAGAGGCACCAGGCGGUUUGUUACCACCUCCUUGGAUAUGACACCGACUUUACCAACGUGCCGCAUUGGUCCUUCUUGAACUUGACGGCCCUAUACUGGACAAUCUUUCGGCUAUGGGCGCAUCUCCGCCAUCAGGCCGGCGAGCUCACGGACGCCGAACAGCCCCCAGAGACAAUCCCUCUGAGGCAAGGAGGGCGAACCCUAUUAUGCCUGGAGGCGUACGCCUACCGCGGUCAUGUUCUACAAGACUUAUGCCUGUAUGACUACAUGUCAAUGAUUCACUUGGAUUCAGACUGUGAAGGCUGGAUGCAAAAGCUUCGACGGCCCGACCAGUACGCCGUCCCGAUCUUCCAAGGAUACAUCAGCGACGACCACGAGGACGAUCACCCAGUCUAUAUUAAGCGAAACUCUGUCCUACAUUUGGCGUUAUUCGUCCCUUGGGAAAACUUCACUUCUGAGAGCCUAGGUGAUAUAACCGACAUAUGGACGACGCAUCGAGCGGGCCUUUGUCCCCGCCUCCGUUUCUACGUCUCUAACAUUUGUCUUUUGAGAAAGUCUGCCGAAGACGCGCGUAAGGACGCGAAGCUCUGGGCCAGCCUACAGAGCUCUACCCAGAUUUUGCGAAAUGCCGUGCAGGACACGGACGCCACAAAAGACUCACCCGUCCUUGGAGGUUUAAUACACGAUCUGUGCGAAGAGAACCCGGCUGGAGAAGAGCAACCUUUUGUCCAACGUCAAGAGGAUCUGUACCGGAAUAUGCCCCAUGAUCAAGGUGACGCCUUGUGUCAACUCCCCAUAUCUCGAGACGAUGUCCAGGCAGCGGCCAAGGCCCAACAACUAUUGCAUCUUCGGAUGCUAGACGACAUUGAGGGUGGUUCCCAGGGGACCAUGCUUUCCGCGGAUGGCGCCGACAUCGACGAUACGCUAGCUCGCUACGGCGAUACGGAGUCCCCUGCUGCGCUCCCGGGCAGCGACCUCAAUGAACGAGGCCCUCGGAUGCUUGUCGACGUCAGUCCGGCAACUAGCUUCGCGGAGAUGGGACACACCGCCGCGGCCAGCUUUACACUGAACUAUCUACAGACCAUGGCCCUUCAACUCGUUUGCCUGUUUCUGGACAAGUAUACUGCUAAUCCGGACUCAGCGGGUCAGCAUCUUCAAUACACCGGCGGGCCGGGUGGCACGGGAAAGUCGAGGAUUAUCGAUGCCCUGAAGGACGUGUUCGCGGCGAGGAACCAGCCGCAUCUUCUGCAGAUAACCGGCACGUCGGGCAGUUCGGCGGCCCAGAUUGGCGGCACGACGAUCCACUCGGCCUGUGGGUUAGAUUCCCAUCGCGAUCCAAACAAACCGCCUCCCCCCUUCUCGGAGGCGAAGAAGUGGAUCUGGAAACAGAAGCUGGUACUCGUGAUUGACGAGGUCAGUAUGCUGGGAGGAGCCACUCUGCACAACGUCAGUCAUUACCUGCAGGCACUCCGUGACUGUCCGGACGAACCGUUUGGCGGCAUGCCCGUCGUUCUACUGAUGGGAGACUUCUACCAGUUCGCCCCCGUGCGGGAGACAAGCCUACUGAUCAUCAGACCGCCGGACCGAACAGAGACCCCCUUGCGACAAGCGACCAUAUCUCACCACAGCGGCUGCAGAUUGUGGCAUCUGUUCAAAACCGUGGUGCUCCUCGAAGACCAAGUCCGCGCACGCAACGAUCCCCAGCUCCGUGCACUCCUGGAUCGAGUUCGUAACGGGCGCCAGACCCAUGAAGAUCUGAGCUUGCUCAAUGCCAACAUUGUAGGACGCUCGCAAAUCACCUUCCACGAUGGUUUGCGCGCUAUAACGCCGCUGAACCGCACCCGGUGGGCCCUCAACAUGGAAGCUGUUGUGGGCUGGGCGCGCUUCAACAAGCGGCACAUCCGUAUCUUUGUCUCGACUCACACCUGGCGCAACGGCACGCUGUCUCCAAACCUCAUAGCGCGAACCAUCGGACAAGGCGACGACUCUGCCUGCAAAGUCCCCGGCGUCUUCUUCUACGCCCAGGGCAUGCCCGUGGUUGUGAACAAGAACAUCUACACUGGCCUGAAGGUGAUGACGUGA